AUGGUGGGUCCCUUUAUGCAGGGCCUCUUCUUGAUAGGCAUUAUCUACUGGUAUUCCAAGGGCAUGAUGUCCAUGAUCAACGACUACUAUAGAAGUGAGUUCCAGCGAAAGCUGCAAACGGAACCAGCGAAGGCAAAAACUGAGGUGCCCAUCAAUGUGGACAACUUUAUGGAUUAUGUUAGGGAGUUGGACUCCCCGGAUGAGGUGGUCCAGUGCCCAGCGGAAGGAGCUGGAGCUACAACUCCACCUAUAAGAAAGCCCUACUACAGCCACACACUCUUGCGAUUUCUGGAAAUCACCGGCACGCUUCCAGCCUUAGAUAUUUGUCUUGCUACGAGCAACAUAAGAUAG